GACUCACUCUUUGAGUGUCUGGAAAGUGAAACAUGGGAAUCGUGAGUCUAAUCCAGGGCGCUUGUAUAAUUCUUUCGCUUUUGAUUGACUCUGGAGAAAGUGAACUGUAUCCAUCCAUUCAAUGGACGAGACAUAAUCCAAAAUUUGCAUCGAAUAGGACACAAUGCGUUCACCCAAUGUCUAAAGUGAUCUUCGUGUGCCCAAACACAGCUACAAUAGUAAAAAGACUCGCUCACAGUAGUUAUGUAGAUCCUCAGUACGAAAAUCUGUGGCUGGUCAGCAAACAAAGUUACGAGCGGUGUGUAAUAAAUACGACGACUGAUACGAGACUAUGGUUGUGCGACGAGCCACUUAAACUGAAAUAUUACACCGUAACUUUUAAAAGAUUCAGCGCCAGCAAGGAGCCCGAAUUUCAGCCAGGAAAAGAUUACUAUUUUAUAGCAACUUCAGAUGGAAGAAAAGAGUCCCUCAACAGUACGUCUGGUGGAAACUGUCGAACAAACAGAAUGAAGCUGAAAUUCUAUGUUUGCACAAGCAAUGCAGAUCCACGUUGCAAAAGUGAAGACGAGUGUAAUAGGGUCUCUCCAACACAAUCUGAAUUUACCUCCUCUGACCCUACCAGCCCGACAAAAACUGUUGAAUCUCAUUCAACUCUCAACUCGUCUCAGCCUACCAGCCGGACAAAAACUGUUGAAUCUCAUGCAACUCUCAACUCGAACAUAUCAUGUGUAAACAAUACUCACCCCACGAUAAGAAUCAUCAAUCCUGAUGAUCCUGAAAAAGAAAAGGACGUGUUAUCAAGUACAUCAGGUUAUAAGAUUUCUAUUGGUUUUCUUGGGGUUAUGAUCUUUCUUCUGCUAGUUCUUUCCACUAUCCUGAUGUACAAGCUUCACCUUAAAAGAAAAGUUCCGGCUUCUUCGUCACGUAGCAGUGCGCUUUUGAUGAACGAAACGAAAACGAAAGCAGUAAUGGCAGCGCAAAUGGAGACUCGGAAUACCGUGCAUAGUUCUGUUUGAUUUUGAAAGCGGCCGACUACUUCCACUCGAUUUGAGCUUUGGUUGGCUAUAUCUGCGCUAAGAAUGACCAAGAUCGGGUGAUAAUUCUCGGACGAUCCUAUUGCGUCUUUUCAAGGUGUUUCAAAAUGGUUUUGCUAACAUGGGUUGACUAUUUUCUGACAUACCGGGUUUCCAUGGCAACAGUAGACUUCAAGAAAGACUUUGCUCGGCUGUUGAUAAUAAUAAUAAUAAUAACUUUAUUUAAGUGUCAGUGUAUUUUAGCACUGCUGUGCUAAUUGGGGACACUGUUAAUAAGGAAACAAAUAUCGUAAAUGAACAGAAACUCGUUAAAAACCCCAACUGGUAGGAGGCAGACCAGUUGGUUAUUUACAAAGCGUGCAGGAGUUGAAUUCGGGGCCACCGAAGACAAAUCCAUCCAGUGGCAGGGAGGAGGACUUGAACCCGGGACCUCCGGCUUACAAGUGCAGCGCCCUAACCACUAGGCCACGCUCGCCUCCUCCCUGUUACUCAAAAAGCAGUUUGAUGUCCCUCAUUUUUAUCAUUUAUUCGCAAUCAGCAUAUCAAUAUUCAUCUUUCUUUAGGUAAUGGUAAUAGGACUAAGUAGAGUCCAAUUCGGUCUUAAAUCGUACGAGUUUGAUUAUCCUGACUAUUAUGAUUACAGACCGAACUGGACAACGCGAAGAAACAUUACAAUUUCCGGGGCAAGACGAAUAGCCAAGUUUUAAUUAAAGUUUUAUUUAAUUAGUUGAUUUUAAUUAAAUUAAUUGAGUUUUAGUUAAAACAAAUACAUAUAAUCGUCAAGAGGCCGUCCCACAAACACGCACAGCAGAAAAGAAAAGAUAGACAAUCCUCGAAAGGACCCCUGAGUUUAUUGAUCCUAUACAAGAAUUUAACAUUUCUAGUCCUUUGCCAAUAUGUGCUAAAAUUUACAGUUGGUAAUUGUAUAAUUUUUUAUUAUCAUUUUUCAAUGUCAGUUUAAGCAACGCUGUGAAAGAAGCUGAAAGGAUGAGCAAAAAGAUUUGAUAAAUUCUUUUCUCCAAGUCAUUAAUUGGGCCUAAUUAGAUCCACGCAGAAAAUCAAGCAGGAAAACGCGUUUUUAGUAAUUUUUAGCAUUUUUAUACAUACACAUCGUACGUACGGAGGUUAAUUAGUUUAUUUAUAACCACACUUUUGAAAAUUAAAAAAUAAUUUAA